CCGCAGUGCCAUGCUAGCUUCGCGCGUGGCGCGCGGUUCGUGGGGGGCCCUGCGCGGUGCCGCUUGGGCUCAGGGGACGCGGCCGGGCAAGGGGCGCGCCUGCGGGGCCCUGCUGCCACCCGUGCCCUGCUGCUUGGGCUGCCUGGCCGAACGCUGGUGGCUGCGUCCGGCCGCGCUUGGCUUGCGGCUGCCCGGGGUCGGCCAGCGGAACCACUGCUCGGGCGUGGGGAAGGCGACCCCCAGGCCAGCGGUCGGAGCGGGCGCCGCCGCCGAAGCCCCGGGCGGCCAGUGGGGCCCGGCGAGCGCCCCUAGCCUGUAUGAAAACCCAUGGACAAUCCCAAAUAUGUUGUCAAUGACGAGAAUUGGCUUGGCCCCAGUUCUGGGCUAUUUGAUUAUUGAAGAAGAUUUUAAUAUUGCACUAGGAGUUUUUGCUUUAGCUGGGCUAACAGAUUUGUUGGAUGGAUUUAUUGCUCGAAACUGGGCCAGUCAAAAAUCAGCUUUGGGAAGUGCACUUGAUCCACUUGCUGAUAAAAUACUUAUCAGUAUCUUAUAUGUUAGCUUGACCUAUGCAGAUCUUAUUCCAGUUCCACUUACUUAUAUGAUCAUUUCAAGAGAUGUAAUGUUGAUUGCUGCUGUUUUUUAUGUCAGAUACCGAACUCUUCCAACACCACGAACACUUGCCAAGUAUUUCAAUCCUUGCUAUGCCACUGCUAGGUUAAAACCAACAUUCAUCAGCAAGGUAAAUACAGCAGUCCAGUUAAUCUUGGUGGCAGCUUCUUUGGCAGCUCCAGUUUUUAACUAUGCUGACAGCAUUUAUCUUCAGAUACUGUGGUGUUGUACAGCUUUUACCACAGCUGCAUCAGCUUACAGUUACUAUCAUUAUGGUCGGAAAACUGUGCAGGUGAUAAAAGACUGAUGAAAGGCAUCCAUCACCAUUAGCAAGGAAGCAAUAUGCAUCACUGGCAAUAGGGUCCGUGGAAAUCUACAAGUUUCCCUAUUUUGGUGUUCAGCUUGAAAAAGGACUUGUCAGAACCAACCAUGUCUUCAAAAUUUAAGUAAUGUGCAUUGAAAAUAAGCUUUGAUCAUGGUCAUAUGCAGAAUUUCCAAUGUAUUUUUAAAUAUAAAUAAAACUAUAAUUUAGAAUUUUUAA